AUGAAAUUAUCAUAUGCACUUUAUAAUCACUUAUCAACUUUAAAGGUGUUUGAAACAAUUAAGCAAGCCAAUAAAAAUCCCAUUAUUUUAACAGAAGCUUAAUAAAAUUUAAUUGAAAAUGGAAUUGCAGUAGGCAAGUUAGUUAAAUCAAUUUAUAAUUUAAAAUAAGAGAUUUCAUAAAGGUAUUUAUCAUUAAUUUAAUAAGAACUCUGACUCCUAUUGCUCAAUUAGAUUAACUUAAAUAAUUAACUACAGCAUCUACAAAGUUGUAUAAUUGGAAUAUCAUCAUAAGUGCAAUAAAUUAAUUGUAAAUACCAAAUGAUAUAAACAAUGAUAUUAAAAAAUUAAUAUUAAUGGGAGAUGUGUAGAUAAUUGAAGACACACUUAAUUAAUUGUUUGACUUUUAUUUAAAGAUGCAAUAAGCCAGAUUGAGUAAGCCUAAAGCAUCUCCAAACGUCAGAAAUAGAAUUUUAUCUGAAUAAUAACCAUAAUCUUAAGGAUAUAAUCAUUUAAAUCUUAGCUAAACAUAAGAGUAAGUUUAAAUAUCUGAUUCAAAUACUUUAGAAUACUUUACAUAAUUAUUAUCAAAAUGGUUGAAUCUGUAAUACAAAUAGGUUAUAUCAUUAUAUGCUGAAAAUUUUAAAUUUUGGGCCUAAAUAGUUACAAAAGGUGUUCAAAGGGUAUAUGAACCAAUAAUCUCAAUUUAUAAGGAUGUCUUUUUAUCAGUUGAACAUCUAUAAAAUCUAAUAGCAAUAGAAAAAGAUAAAGCCUUAGGUUUUUCAUUAAAUCUAUUAAAACCAGGAUUGGUAUCUAAAUCACCUGAAGUGUGUAUUGAAACUAUUAAAACUCUUGGAAAUUUUGUUAUAUAAGCUUAUAAUAAUAAAAUAUCAUAUAAAGAGGAUAUAUAUUAAUGGUAUGUUGAAUCUUGUUUUUAAACAACACUUUUAUCAAUUAAAAGACAUCCAUAAUUAGUAGAUUCUUUAGUAGAUUUAAUGAUAUUAUUUUGUAAAUUCCAUUUAGUUGAUCUUUUCACUUCAAUUCUUAAAUAGCACAGUGCAAAUAAUAUUGAAAUGUUAAUUAAUGUUGAAAAACUUUUUAAUUCACUCACACCUGAGUAUAUUUUAGAAAUUUAAUCUAUGGGUAUAAUGCAACAAUGGUUAGAAUAAGGUUUGGAAAUUCUUGAAAGUACAAAUACUUUAAAAUCAGAUGAGAAAAUUUCUAUUUUAAGACUUAUUCAUAACAUUUGGCUAAAAAAUUAAUAUUAAUAGCAUUAAGAACGAGUACAUAAUGUUUUUAAAACAGCCACAUAAGAUCCUAGAGAAUGUGUGGCUUUAUUUUCUAUAUAGUUUUUGUUUUCUGCUUUAGAAUAUUUUGGAAAAAAUAAAAUUCCAGAAGCUCCAAUUUUGUAUAAAAUGUAAAAGUUUAUUUUAUAUAUAGAAUUGCCAUUUAACUAGUAGAAUUAACAAACGAAAAUUUAGUACAUUUUAUACUAUAAAAUCUUUUAAUAGUUUUCUAAACUAUCCCUUCAAUCCCAUUAUCAAUAGUUCUUGAUCCAUUUAUAAUAAAUUUACAAGAGAAAACAUAUCCAAGUUUGGUUGUUUUUAAUUUCAUUGCCAAUGUAGCUAAUAAUCAAAAUUUAACUACUAAAUCAUAAAUAUAAUUGAUGGAUUUAUUAUCAAAAAUAGCUAUUUAUGAUACUUUGCAUUAUAGAAUAGCAUCUUAGAUAUUUCUUUAAAUGGUUACAAAUUCUUAAAAUUCACCUAGUACUUAAGAAUUUGUUUAAAAAUUUGUUAAAAUAAGUCUUGCUGUGUACUUUUCAGUUCAUAAAAAAUCUGAAAAAAAAAAACCUAAUCAAUAAAUUGUAGAUAAAUAAAGAAAAGCAUAAAUAAUUGAAGUUUUAAAAAGUAUAAUACAAAUUCAUAAUGAAAAUAUUAAUUAAGUGAUAAAAAUGAUGGCAGGUCAUACUAAUUUAUAAUUUAAAUUAUUAUCCAAAUAAAAUAAAGGAUUAUAAAUACUUCUUUAGUUACUUGGUGAUAUAAAUGAAAUUAUGCAAUAAGUGGAAUUGGAAUAUUAGGAAGCUUAAACUAAUAAAUAAGCAUAUUCAGAUUCAUCAGUUAAAGAAGUCCAAUAAGUUUAAGGGAAUUUAAAGAAAUUCUCCAAAAUCAAACUUACAAAGGAAGAACAAUAUCAUUUAGCAAGAUUAAGAAUGCCUAAAGAAACUGAUCCUAAAGUUAUAAAUGAUAUAUCAACUAUUAAAAAGUAAUUUUAAGAAAAAUAAUUGGAGAAAGAAUUAUCAAAAUUUACUUAAGAAGAAUAAUUAAAAUAGAAAAAAGAGAAAUUAAGAAAAUAAUUAGAGAAAAGACAAAUUGAAUAAGGAAUAGCAUCAUUAAAUCAAAAAGAUGUUGCUGUGAAAUUGAUAUUUCCUGAUGGUAGCAGAUAAACUGAGUUAGCAAAAGAAAAGAAGCAUGGAUUAGUUACAUUUGAUUUAUUAGAUUUAAAUUUAGAGGAGGAAAUAGAAAAAUUAAUGGUAGAAUAGAUAUUAAGAAAAUAUAGUAAAGUCUUUAGAUAUAUUUUUACAAAAUAUGCUAAUACUUGUUUAUAAGGAAUGAAAUAACCUAAUUCUUUUGAUUAAUAUCUUUAAAGGACUGAAAGUAUAAAUAUUGCAGAAAUAAGUAAAUUUGUUCAUGAUUAUGAAAUUGCUAUAUCAAUUGAAAAUGUUUAGGCUUUAGCAAGGUAGGUAGGAACUCAAAUUCUGCAUAACAAAACAGAAUUUAAAGAAUUUGAUUAAAUAGGGUUUAAUUAAUUUGUAAUUUAAUUAUCCAUUAUUCUGUCUAAAAAUAAAUUGUCAGAUACAUAAGCUUUUUAAUGUUUAAUUAAAUUUAUUAACCAUUUAAGAAAUGUAACAGCUUCUAAAGGAUAAAGUACAGCUUUGUUUGAUGAUCCAGAAUCUUAAUACUUUAUGGAGAAUGAUGUAUAUAUCUUUAUGUAUUUAGAUAAUUAAAGAAUACAAUUAAUAAUUGCUCUUAGAUCCAAAUUAUGAAUUACCUUAGGGUUAUAAAAAAGUUACAACUUUUGAAAUUCAAUUUUCUUAUGAAAUCCCUUUUUUAGAUGAUAAUGUUCAAAUACCAUAUUAAAUUCUUAAUGAUUUAUUGAUUGAGGCAUUGGGGUAAAUUAAAUUUUGAGUUAAAUAGAGUUAAUAUUAUUGAACCAAUUUCAAAGAGAGUAAUGGUCUUUAAAGCAAAACCUGAUGCUUUUGGUUAUAUUUAAUCUAAAUUACAACAAGAACCUGCAGAUGAAUAAUUCAAAAUUAAACAUAAAAAAUCAAAGGAAGCAAAUACAAGUUUACAAAAGAAAAAAGUACUUGAAAUUGAACCUAAAAGAGAAUGGUCAUUGAAUAUGAAAUUAGCUAUAGCUAAAUGCAAUCUGAAAGAUAAAUUUAUUGCUGAACAUGUUGCUAAUUUACUUGAUGAUAUGUUAUUUGCAAUUGAACACAAUAGAUAAUAGGCUACAAGAUAAAAUUAAAUUAUUAAUAGAGUUUAAGAAGAUAAAAAAUAAUAAUUAUUAGAAUUGGAAUAAUUAGAAUAAAAGAGAGAAUAGUUAAGAAAAUUAAGAGAAAAAGAUAUUAAAGAUAAAUUGAAAGAGGAAAAAGAAAGAUAGAAAUAACUAUAGUAAUCAGUAGAAAAAGAAAGAUAUGAAAAAAACAAAACUGAAAAUCAUUUGAAAAAAGAAUAAUUAGAUAAACGUAUGAGUUACUAAACAGAAUAAAAAUAAAAAGUAAUAAAUUAAUAUAUUAUAAAUAGAUUAAAGAAAAAAAUGAUAAAGAAAAAGAAGAAUAAUUGAAGAGAAUGUUAGAAGAAAAAGAUAAAUAGGAAAAAGAAAUUCAAAUGAAAAAGCACAAUUUUUAAGAAUUUAAUUAAAAAUAAAUAAAAAAAUUAAAAGAAAUAAUAUCAUAAGGAUAAAAUAAAUAAUAGUAAUCAGAAAAAGAAAAAUAAGAUCAAUUAAAAAAAUAAUAAUAAUAAUUAUAAUAAGCAAGAUCAAAAAUAUUAACACAAAAUUAAUCAAGAAUCUAAGAAUAAAAGACUCUAGAAAAAGAGAUAGAGAAUAAAUUUAAAUCAACAUCAUACUAGAAAAUAAUAGAGAAAUAUUAGUUUGGAUUAAAUUGUUUAUUCUAAUUUUUAAUCAAAGAAACAUUUCUACCAAUUGGUCAACCAUCUUCAAGAGAAUAAAUUAGUUUCAAAACGUUUGCUUGGUUUACAGAUAGGUUUAAUUUAUGUCCAGAAAUUGUAUCUAAAGAUGAUGUUCUUUAACUUUUUAGAUAUUUAACUAAAUCCAAAGAAGUUAUUGAUGGGAUACCACCAGGAAUGAAUUAUGAUGAUUUUUUAUAGGCUUUACAUAGAAUUUCUAUUAAAGGAAGUACUAUAUUUAAUAAAGUUGCUUUGAAUGUAAAAUCAUAAAAAGGAAAACUUGAUAUCAAAUAAAUUAAAUAGAUAGUUGAAGCUGAACAAAUUAUUGAUUAAGAACCAUAAAGCCAUUCACCAAGGGCAGAAUCCAUAGUGGCUGAUACUCCUUUAAGAAAUAAAUCUAAAUCUAAUUAUCUUGAGUCAUCUAAAGUUUUGAAAGAAUAUUAACUAUUUUUCCAAUAAUCAAAUGAAUCAACUUUUGAAUCAUUAAUUUUAUAUUUAGAUGUGAGCAAUGAUAAAAAUUAAUUAGAUUAACGAUUUAGAAAAACAUUAGAGGAAAAAAAAGUACCAACUAAAUUGAGAAAAAAAGGUACUAAUUAUAUUUAAUUUUAGUUUUGAAUGAAAAGCUUGGAAUUUAGAAUUGA